AUGCGUGGGCGUGGGGAGUAUCUGGUAGGAUCAGUUCUGCUGGCCAGUCUGGGAUCCGUGCAUGCAAAACUUGAUCUUAAUUCCGCCAAAAAUAUCGUCAUCUACUGGGGUCAAAAUUCCUUGCAAGGUAACGGUGGUCAAGUCCAACAAGCGCUGAACUAUUACUGUGAUAAUGAGGAUAUCGAUGUGAUUCCAAUUGCAUUCGAUAUGAUGAUCAACGGCCCUGGCGGCGCUCCGCAGGUUGAUUUCUCGGUCACCAGCCAGGAUUGUGAUGUCUUUCCCGGGACUCAAUUGAAGAACUGUCCGAAGAUUGGAGACGAUAUCGAGGCUUGCCAAAGCAAGGGCAAGACGAUUCUGCUCUCCAUCGGUGGCGCAACAUACAGUGAAGGGGGCUUCAAGUCAGAAGAGGAUGCAAAGGCUGGCGCCAAGUUGAUGUGGGAGACCUUUGGCCCGGCUCAAGCAAAUUCCAACGCUCUCCGGCCAUUUGGCAACGCCACGCUGGAUGGGUUCGAUUUUGACUUUGAGUCCCCCGUCACACAUAUGGCGACAUUUGCCAAUGAGUUGCGCACCCUGAUGGAUCAGGAUACCAGCAGACAAUACUUCUUGACGGCUGCCCCCCAAUGCCCUUACCCUGACCAGGCAGACAAAGACAUUCUCAACGGGCCCGUCUCGGUCGACGCCAUCUUUGUUCAGUUCUACAACAACUACUGCGGUGUCAACAACUUCAAUGCCGAUGCAUCAAGUUCGCAGUACAACUUCGAGACAUGGGACAACUGGGCCAAGACUGUUUCGCAAAAUAAAAAGGUGAAAGUCUUGCUCGGGGUUCCUGCCGACACCACUGCAGCCAGUACCGGUUACGUCCCCGCCGCGAAACUCGCCGAGAUCAUCGAGUACACGAAAAAGUUCGAAAGCUUCGGUGGGGUCAUGAUGUGGGAUGUGACCCAGGGCUAUGCGAAUACCGGGUUUAUUGAAAGUGUGCGCAAGGCGCUUGGUGGUCCUGAUUCCGGUUCGUCGUCGUCGUCCAGCGCGGCGUCGGCCGCGACGUCUGCACCUUCGUCCACUAACCCCUCGGAGACAUCGCAAUCUUCCAAUACACUCGACUCGGCGUCCUCGUCUUCCUCAUCCUCUGGGUCUGCCUCAUCGUCCAAUGGUCCUGAUUCGGCAUCCAACACCGCCGCUCCCGUUAUUACUUUAUCCACGACGACCUCCAAGUCCGACGCGCCCGCAGAUAUCGCAACCGGCACCGCCAAACCGGAAGCCGCUCCCACGGCCACGGCUGCACCCAACACCACCGAGGCACCCGCACCCCUCAUGUCGACCUCGACGAGUAUGUCCACCAAGACUUCUACGACGAAGAAGGCGACUGCGACCACGAUGGUGACUUCUACCUCCUCCUCAUCCGCGACCAUGAUUGACCAGAAUAAGCCUGCCAACGGCGCGGACGACGCCAAUGCCCCGGCGAAUGGCUCCGACCCCACCACCUCUGACCAGAGUACUAACAGUGAUGGCAAGGAGAGUGGCGAGGACUUGCUCAGCAAGGGUCCGCUCAACCUUGUGGGCCAGGAUCUUCUUGGUCUCUUACACGGGUUGCGGCAAGCCAAUACCAUCGCAUCGGGCUUGAAAACCAGUCUCAGGAAGGGAAGCGUCCUUCGGCGCGCCCGCCGCAUGGCAGCCUUGCACUGA